AAACAACCUCAAAUUACCGAUUUAACUGGUUUGUGAUUUCUACUUUACCGACAUAACCUAACUUGAAUCUAUUAUCGCAAUAAUAAUAAAAAUAAUCCUUAUCGGUCAAAAUAAUUAUUAAAUCUUUUUAAAUUAGUUAAAAAAUUAAUAAGGAAUGUCCGAAUACGAUAAAGUACGUCCUGGAAAACUCGUAUUAAAAGGAGAAAAGCAAAAAGGUAAAAAGCGUAAACACAAACAUAAAAAACAAGAGGAUGUCCCAAAAAUUGAUCAAGACGCUAUCGAGCAUGGUAAUUGGUGGAAAGCAACAAAAUUUGAUGAUUUAAACGGAGCCGUAGCAAUUGAAUUUGGAAAACAUACCUAUGUGCGUGCUUUAGACAAUGGACUUUUUACUUUAGGAGCCCCGCACGAUGAGGGUGAUGGACCAGCACCUGAAGAAAUACUUACAGCAGUUCCAAUAAAUGAACGUCAACUUGCUUUGAAAUCGGGUUAUAAUAAAUAUUUGAGGGUAGAAAAAGAUGGGAAAGUUACAGGAAGGUCUGAUGCAAUUGGGGCUAUGGAACAAUGGGAACCUGUUUUUCAGGAAGGUAAAUUGGCUCUGCAAGGUUCAAAUGAAUGUUUUUUAUCUUUGGAUGAUGACGAUAAUGUGGUUGCUGAUGAUAAGAAAGCGUCUGAAAGAAAUAUGGUACAAAUACGAUCGCAAACUACAAAGGAGGUGAACCCAAUGAAAGAUGUUCCAGUGGAAGAACAAGGAAGUUUGGCCCAAAUUGAGGUAAAUUAUAUUAAAAAAUUUCAAAAGUUUCAAGAUAAGAGAAUGCGCAUUAAUCCCAAUGAUAAAAAAGAGUUGGAUAAAGCUAAAGUGGAUGGGACUUUGCACGAGACAUUAUUAGAUCGAAGGAGUAAAAUGAAAGCGGAUCGUUAUUGUAAAUAAAAAGGAUUUUUUUAGAAAUUUUAUUUCUAA